CCUAGCGGGUGCACGAGCCCACGCGCUUUAGUUUCACCAAUAGUCCCACGCUCAUAGGCUCCACGUUCACUGUGUAAUAAAAAAAAGAAGUGAAUGAACAGAACCCUCCCGGAACCAUGAUGUUGUCUUUGGUCACGUCGGGUCAAACGGCAGCCCGGCGAAUCGUGACUGCGACCCGGGGGACGCUUGUGAGGGGUGGCGGGUGUUUGCUUACCCAUUUGCCAGAAUCUGCCCUCAGGACCAAGAACACGGGCCGGUCCUUUUCCCAAUCCGUCUUCAACCACUACCGGUGCUUUAGUGCCACGGCUGCCAACUGGAGAGCUUCGUCGCCUGCAGCCAAUCACAACACGCCGUCCUACAGUUAUGUCAUCGUUGGGGCAGGGUCGGCGGGCUGCGUCCUCGCCAACCGUCUCAGUGAGGACAGCCACGAGUCUGUGCUGCUGCUGGAGGCUGGGCCCAAGGACAUGUUGCUAGGCAACCCGCAGUUGUCGUGGAAGAUCCACAUGCCGGCUGCGUUGAUCUACAACCUCUGUGAUGACAAGUACAACUGGUACUACCACACUUUACCCCAGGCUCACAUGGGCGAGCGGGUGAUGUACUGGCCGAGGGGCCGCGUCUGGGGCGGGUCCUCUUCCCUCAACGCCAUGGUGUACAUCCGCGGACACGCUGAAGACUACAACCGCUGGCAGAGGGAGGGGGCCGAGGGCUGGGAUUACGAACACUGUCUGCCUUACUUUAGGAAAGCUCAGUGUCAUGAGCAGGGAGAAAACAGGUACCGGGGAGGCAGCGGACCUCUUCAUGUGUCCAGAGGGAAGACCAACCAUCCCCUUCACAGAGCUUUUAUUGAGGCAGGGCAGCAGGCGGGAUACCCUUUCACGGAUGACAUGAACGGGCUGCAACAGGAAGGCUUGGGCUGGAUGGACAUGACCAUUUAUAAAGGAAAGAGGUGGAGUACAGCCAGCGCCUAUCUGAGACCCGUUCUGGGUCGACCCAACCUGAAGGCAGAGGUGCGCUGCCUGACCACCAAGAUCCUGUUUGAUGGCAAGCGGGCCGUGGGUGUAGAAUACACACAGAAAGGACAGACGAAAAGGGUUUUUGCAGAUAAAGAGGUGAUUAUAAGCGGAGGAGCUAUUAACUCUCCUCAGCUUCUGAUGCUGUCUGGGGUGGGAAACGCUGAUGACCUGAAACCACUCGGUGUCUCUGUGGUUCAGCACCUACCAGGUGUUGGCAGUAACCUGCAGGAUCAUUUGGAGUUGUACAUUCAGCAUCAGUGCACUCAGCCCAUCACGUUGUACAAGGCCCAGAAACCUUUCCACAUGGUCAAGAUUGGCCUUGAGUGGCUCACUCGGUUCACUGGUUACGGAGCGUCGUCCCACCUGGAGAGCGGCGGGUUUAUCCGCAGCCGACCACACGUCCCACACCCUGACAUCCAGUUUCACUUCCUGCCCUCGCAGGUCAUCGACCACGGCCGGGUUGCCUCCAAGAUCGAGGCGUAUCAGGUCCAUGUUGGACCGAUGAGGAGCACCAGUAAGGGCUGGCUGAAGCUGAAGAGCGCCAACCCUUUGGAUCACCCGAUUCUCCAGCCAAACUACCUCUCCACCGACGUUGAUGUGUGGGAGUUCAGGGAAAGCGUCAAACUCUCUAGAGAGAUUUUUACCCAGAAGGCCUUCGACCCCUUCCGGGGUCCAGAAGUCUUGCCCGGUCCUCACGUCCAAUCAGAUGCCGAAAUCGACGCAUUUGUUCGAGAAAAAGCCGACAGCGCUUACCAUCCGUCCUGCACCUGCAAGAUGGGGUCGCCAUCCGAUCCGCUGGCUGUCGUCGAUUCCAGCGCGCGCGUCCUCGGGCUCGAGAACCUGCGCGUGGUCGACGCCUCCAUCAUGCCCAGCAUCGUCAGCGGCAACCUGAACGCCCCGACCAUCAUGAUGGCAGAGAAGGCGGCUGACAUCAUCAGAAGUCGCCCGGCUCUGGUUGACCCCGGGGUUCCCGUGUACCGACCCCCGACACUCGACACGCAGCGGUGAACAGGGAGCGAGUGAAGGGUGAAAACACGUGUUGUGUUGUCUUGUUAACACACCUGAUUUAGGGCUGGUCUAUGUUUUUUUAAUUUAAAACCAUAAUUGUAUGUUGAUUUUACCCGUUUAUAUGUGAAAUUCAGUUUUUCAGUAUUGCACUUAAUGUCCUGAAGAGGAAACAGUGGAACUUUGUUUUUAAUAACGAUGUUACCCUUAUGUAAUGAUUUCCAUUGUAAGCUUGAAGCUAAUGUGAUGAUUGUUAAAAAUGUAGAAUGUCCACCCCCCCUAAAAGCUGCGGCUGAAAGCUCCAGCUGUGUGCUGGUGCUGCAGGAGCAGUGGACUUUGCUUCAAGGCCACGGGGGAAAAUAAUGAAGAAUUUAGUCUAAAACCUGACAGGCUGAAACGCUGUCUAAAUUCCAACGAAUUCUGAGUCAAUGGAAAGAUGUUAGCAGCAGAAGCUGUUCUAAUCAGAUUAAGGUCAUUUAAAACAGGUUUUGUAGCAGACUCCGCAGGAUAGGACUUGUACUAUUAACCAUUAUAGCUCACAGCUUGUAGUUCAGGACGCUCUGGCAGCUGUUUAAUCGUAGCAGGAGUACCAGCAAAUGGUAAUUGAGAAUAUCUGCCUAGCGUUGUGUCAAAAUACUAGACACAAAAAAAGCUGUCACAGUCACUUUUAUUUUUUCUUUUAUUCUUUCUUUCUAAUUGUAUCAUGGAUAUUCACAAAUAGUACUUUGAAGAGAAUCGCAUAUAAGUAAUCGGAUCAGACAGCUGAGCCUGUAAAAUCAUUGUGUUUUUAUCUGUGUGUGAAUCACUGAAGUAUCUUGAUGAUUAGGUGCCUUUACUCAGUUCCAGCAGGACCGAUGCACAUACAUGUUGAGCACAUUUAAGAAUCAGCCUCAUGAACAAUCUAAAGUAUUAAUUAAUCAAAGUAACAUGUCUGUAUAGGUGCUAGAAGGAAUACAAAUUGUGUCUUACUAAACUUUGCACUACGCUAUUAAGUGUCUUCACGUGAAAUGCAGUGUGUGCUGUAUUACAUGGAUCUAAUGAAGGAGAAAGACUUUGUGAAAGUAGAAUGAUUGUGGAAGUUCAUCCAGCCUCUAUGUCUUAAUGUUUCUACACUUAAUUGUAAACAAACACUAGAAACUGUCCUGACCUCAUGCCCAUGACUUUAUUCAGUGAUCCUUAUAAAAUGUCUCAACAGGUUCAUUGUCAAGAAAUAAAAUGUACAAAACA